AUGGUAUUUGCCCGUUCUCUUUCCCGUCAAUUGCAGCGCCCUGCUGCCUCGCUCCUCGCUGCGCCCGCUCGCCCAUGGCGGGCCCCUGUGUUUUCUGGAAUCCGUACACUAACGUCAACUGCUGCCCGACAGGGUAAAGUCUUGUUGGUCCUCUACGAAGGUGGCGAGCAUGCCAAACAGCAGCCUGGCCUUCUUGGUACAACCGAGAACGAGCUCGGCAUUCGGAAGUGGCUCGAAGACCAAGGCCACACUCUCGUGACUACCUCAGACAAGGAGGGACCUGACUCUGUCUUUGAGAAGGAAUUGGUUGAUGCCGAAGUCAUCAUUACCACUCCCUUCCACCCUGGAUACUUGACCGCAGAGCGUCUUGCCAAGGCCAAGAACCUGAAGCUUGCUGUUACUGCUGGUAUCGGUUCCGACCACGUCGAUUUGGAUGCGGCCAACAAGACUAACGGUGGGAUCACCGUCGCCGAGGUUACCGGCUCAAACGUUGUUUCUGUCGCCGAGCACGUUGUCAUGACCAUUCUUACUCUCGUCCGAAACUUUGUCCCCGCACACGACCAAAUCCGCAACGGGGACUGGAAUGUCGCUGCUGUUGCUAAGAACGAAUUUGACCUGGAAGGCAAGGUAGUUGGUACCGUUGCUGUGGGCCGUAUUGGAGAACGUGUUUUGCGCCGUCUCAAGCCAUUUGACUGCAAGGAGCUCCUCUACUACGACUACCAACCUCUUAAACCCGAGGUUGAGAAGGAGAUUGGCGCCCGUCGUGUUGACACCCUUGAGGAGUUGGUGUCCCAGUGUGACGUUGUCACCAUCAACUGCCCUCUACAUGAGAAGACCAAGGGUUUGUUUAACAAGGAGUUGAUCUCCAAAAUGAAGAAGGGCUCAUGGCUCAUCAACACUGCUCGUGGUGCCAUUGUGGUCAAGGAAGAUGUCGCCGAGGCUGUCAAGAGCGGCCACUUGCGCGGAUACGGUGGUGAUGUUUGGUUCCCUCAGCCAGCUCCCAAGGACCACCCACUUCGCUACGUCGAAGGUCCUUGGGGUGGCGGCAAUGCCAUGGUCCCUCAUAUGUCUGGUACUUCGAUUGAUGCUCAGGUCCGUUAUGCCCAGGGUACCAAGAACAUUCUUGACAGCUACUUCUCUGGCCGACACGACUACCGCCCUGAGGAUUUGAUUGUUUACAAGGGUGACUAUGCUACUAAGGCUUACGGACAGCGCAAGUAG